AUGCGCUUCUUCCAAGUCACACUUUUCACCCUCUUCACGGCACACGGUCUGGCCGCGCCAACCACACAAAAGCCAGACACCAGCUCCCUCGCCGAAGCAGACCCUCUCAUCGAGGCAGGAAAGACACCGCCAUUCAACCCAUUAUGGCACUACUGUCAGUUGGCCUGCCGCUGCGACGACUUGAAAGGAAAAGACAGAGACGGAUUCUUCCAAUGCAUCACAAACCCCAACUGCGAGCAGUGUGCGAGAGUAGGGAUGAAGAAGAACCCUCACCCAGCUUAA